GACUGCUUGCUUUCUUUCCAGGUACUAGUGAACACUGCCUGCUGUGUUCUGAUGUUGGUUGCCAAGCUAAUCCAGUGCACAGUGUUUGGUCCUCUUCGUGUCAGUGAGAGGCAGCACCUCAAGGACAAAUUCUGGAAUUUCAUUUUCUACAAGUUCAUCUUCAUUUUUGGUGUGCUGAAUGUUCAGACCGUGGAAGAAGUGGUGAUGUGGUGCCUCUGGUUCUCUGUCCUCGUGUUUCUUCACCUGAUGGUUCAGCUCUGCAAGGACCGCUUCGAAUAUCUUUCCUUUUCUCCUACCACCCCCAUGAGCAGCCACAUGCAAGUCCUGACCCUCCUGGUCACCAUGCUCCUGUCCUGCUGUGGCCUGGCAGUUGUCUGUGCUGUUGUUGGCUACACCCAUGGCAUGCACACCCUGGCUUUCAUGGCAGCUGAGUCUCUGCUGGUGACAGUCAGAACUGCUCAUGUGAUUUUACGAUAUGUCAUUCAUCUCUGGGAUCUCAACCAUGAAGGAACGUGGGAGGGCAAAGGCACUUAUGUGUACUACACAGAUUUUGUCAUGGAGCUCACCUUGCUUUCCCUGGACUUGAUGCAUCAUAUUCAUAUGCUGCUGUUUGGCAAUAUCUGGCUGUCCAUGGCCAGCUUGGUGAUUUUCAUGCAGCUGCGCUACCUGUUCCACGAGGUCCAGCGAAGGAUUCGGAGGCACAAGAACUACCUGCGGGUGGUUGGAAACAUGGAAGCUAGGUUUGCAGUUGCAACCCCGGAGGAGCUGGCAGCCAAUAAUGACGACUGUGCCAUCUGCUGGGACUCCAUGCAAUCUGCACGGAAGCUCCCCUGUGGACACCUCUUCCACAACUCCUGCCUGCGGUCCUGGCUGGAACAAGAUACAUCUUGCCCCACCUGCAGAAUGUCUCUUAACAUCACUGACAGCCACCAUGUGAGGGAGGAUCACCAAAGGGAAAACCUGGAUGAGAACCUGGGCCCCGUGGCAGUAGCAGAGGGCAGACCACGUUUGAACCAGCACAAUCACUUCUUCCACUUUGAUGGCUCCCGAAUUGCCAGUUGGCUGCCCAGUUUUUCUGUAGAAGUGAUGCAUACUACAAACAUCCUUGGAAUUUCCCAAGCCAGCAAUUCCCAGCUUAAUGCUAUGGCCCAUCAGAUUCAGGAGAUGUUCCCUCAGGUUCCUUAUCAUGUAGUUCUCCAGGAUCUGCAGCUGACUCGUUCUGUAGAGAUCACCACUGACAACAUCCUAGAAGGACGUAUCCAGGUACCUUUCCCCACACAGCAUGCAGACAGCACCAGGCCUGCACUGAACAGCCCUGUGGGAUGGCACAGUACUGAUCAGGAGGACACUGAAACUGUCACCCAGACUGAGAGAGUACCUCUUGAACUCAACUCCAGACUGGAAGAAACAGUGGAAUUGAAUGAAAUGGAAGCAGAGCCUAGUGAAGCAGAAGAUUUUGAGGCCAGGGGAAGUCGUUUCUCCAAGUCUGCUGACGAGAGGCAGCGGAUGUUGGUGCAGCGGAAGGAAGACUUGUUGCAGCAGGCUCGGAAGCGUUAUUUAAACAAGACCUCUGAGGAGGAGGAGGAGCAGAGCACAGAGAAGCCCUCAGCUCCACCCGAGGGAGCGUCCGCCGACCCUGUCGCCCUGCGCCGCCGGACACUGGCUGCUGCCGCCGAGCGGAGGCUUCAGAUGCAACAAAACUCCUAG